AGUUGAUCCAUGCGUGCUAAAUUUAUCCUCUGUUGACGGCCGACUGGAAGAGGACGCGUUUCACUACCGUACGUUACGUUUUAUCUUCAUUAUCUCUAAUCUGAUUUGGCUCUGCCGGUCGGUGAUUGUGUCCCGACUCCUCUCCUCCUCCUGGAUAUUUUAGUGAGCGGGUGGUGUCAUGGCUGAGCCCGCGGGAAAGCGGUUGAAGAGCAGCCUGCCGCUGUGCAGAGCGCACCGGAGCUCCGGGGGCAGCCGGGCCAGACACAACCUGCAGGCCGCCGUGGAGGAGGCUCUCUGCGGGGUGAGCAGCCUGCUGUGGGACGGAGCGUACCGGCUGAAGGCUCUGGCCAGUGUGUUCGAGCGGGACGAUGUCGCUCUGCCCCGUGUCGCUUCUUUCUUCCACCAGGAGGCGCUAAAGCAGGAGGAGGAGGCCGAGGCCAUGAUGGGAUACCUGGCUGAGAGGGGGGGCAACUUCUGCAACAAGGACAUUCAGAAGCCGGGCUGCGAGGUGGUCCUCGCCGUGUUACCCGCUCUGGAGCUGCUGAUGCUCCAGCUGAAGGAGGAGGCCGACGUCCUGGUCGCUCUGAGCCAGCUAGCCCGUCACCACGGAGACCCGCACACUGCCAGUUUUGUGAAGAGUCACUUCCUGUCUCCUCGAACGGACCGACUCAAGCUAAUCGGAGACCUGCUCACCAGCGCCCGGCGGCUGGGCUGCACCAAUGACCAAACAGCGGGGGGGUUCGAGUACAUGCUGAAUGAGCUGCAGGACGAGCUCACAAGAUGAUCGAGCUCUAACAGUCGAAGAGGAAGACUUGAUUUGACCGAGAACAAUGUUCGAUUUCAUGAUUUUCUGAAGGACCAGCACAACAUCUUUAGACACCAGCUCGACAAAGAGCAGCCAUGAAAAAUUAUUUGGUUUCCUAUCGUAGAAGGAUGAUGUAAUCCGACUGGCAAUUGGGAAUUUCUGACUUCCGAGAUCAAAUGGAACGACCCAAGAAGGUUGGAGAGGGAGGGGUUAAUGACGCUACAAUGCUAACUGCUGUAAAUGUAAAAAAUGUUUUCAUUUCUACACUCCUUCAGAGACAAAGAUAAAAAAAAAAAGACAGGAAUUGGAAAACUGUUAUCCAAAGAAAUCUUGUGAAAUCCUUUCCUGUAAGAUAUGUUUUUUAAAACGCUUUAAGGAAAUCAAACGUUUUUUUACUAAAUAAAGGGAGUUUGAUUCUAUUUUAAACAUCCGUGAAGACAAAGAACAAAAUAGGACACAAUAUAGUUCCCAAAAAAAGGUCACAUAUUCUGUAAAAUCCACUUCACCAUGUUUCUCUAACUCUAAUGUGUCUCCGUCUACAAACCCCC